UAUCACCUCUAUAAUUUUCUUCUAGUGUCACUAUAUAUAUCUUUUUAUUUUCCAAAGUCUUUUAGUAAAAAUGGGUCUAAAAUCUGUGUUGUGUGCUAAGAUAGAAAUGAAGGCUAACAAGGAUGUGUUUCAUGAUGUUUUUACAAAUAAACCACACCAUGUCUCCACUAUGUCCCCUUUGCAUAUACAAAAUUUUGAACUUCUUGAAGGAGGCAUUGGAAUUGUUGGAUCCAAAAUUUGUUGGAACUAUACCCUUGAUGGGGAAAAGAAGAUUUCCAAACAAAUACUUGAAACUAUAGAUUAUGAAAAUAAGGUGCUCACACUCAAAGAAUUCGAAGGUGAUGUAACAGAUAUAUAUGAUAGUUUUAAAGCAAUUCUUCAUAUCGAAACAAAAGGCGAAAUCGACUUGGUUUGCUGGACAUUGGAGUAUGAAAGGCCAAAUGAGAAUGUCCCUGAACUUAUAAAUGUGUUGAACUUCGUUGUUGGUAUGACAAAAGCUAUUGAUGAUCACCAUGACAAUUGAUGAAUUGAUAAGAUCUAUGUUGCUCGUACUUUUAAAAAAUGUCUUCAAGUGCAUAUUGAGUCCUUUAAAAAUAGUACAUUUUUAAAGGAUCUGAUACAAAUGCGACAACAUUUUUUAAUAGUCCGAGCAACUUAUGGGAUCAUAUAUAAGCAUGUGAGCUUUACAUAAAUAAACUUUGCUUUGUUUGUUGUUUGAAAGUAUGGUAAAAAAAACAAUCCUUGUUGAUUGUGUACUUUCUUUUAAUGUGUGUUAUGUCUUUCUCAUGUAAGCUAUAUGUUAUGUUGCCAACUUUAUUAACCUUUGUGUUGUGUAAUAAGACAUGGUAUGAAGUUCUUAGCCUCUUCUUAA